AUGGUAGAAAAAAACACUGAAAGAUACAGUAGCCCAGGUUCUCAUGGACAUAACAAUCGCCAUAAGAACCAUGACAGGCCUAGAAUAUCAAAGAGUUCCACCUACUUUCAGGGUAUCGUCACUCCGCCAAGAAGUAAACAUCGAAAAGUGGAAACUCGUCGUGAAGAUGUCAGUGAACAGGAAUACAAAGCAAACCCAUCCUCUGAAGCUGCAAUACAGUUAUCAAAUACCACAAGACAGGGCUCCCCCAAAUUGAAACCAAGAGCUAGUCCGUCCAAGGAAGGGAGCCCAAGAUUUUCCCCAACGCUUGGAGUUUUCUAUGCUGGUGCCAAGUUCAGUGAACCACCAUCACCUACUGCACUGCCCAAGCCACCUACUCAUUGGACAUCUUGUCACUAA